CAUGAUUCCUUUCGGUCAGACGGCACUGCUGACAGGAGGAAACGUACAGCUGCUGUCGAAUGUACCAUUGGCGUCGACAUGGUUGAUCACGAGAAAGCCGACGAGCUCAGCGUCUCUGUCGACUCGAGACGGGGCUCGGAAACAUCACAGAGAGAGACGUGGCAGAAUGACAAGAGUGCGCGAGCCUGGGUGGUGGUGGCGGGCGCGUUUCUAUGGAUGAUGGUCUCCCAAGGCGUCCUCUUGAUUCACGGGCUACUCAUUGCAGAGCUUGACAACCACUUUGGUGCAGAUCCGAAGCAUACCUGGCUGUCAGGCAUCGCCAGCUUUGUCGCCAUGGUCUCGACGCCUUUCCUUGGCGUGGUGAUGGACACAUUUGGACCCAUCCUGAUGGGCUGCGUCGCCGUCGUCAGCACCGUGGGCGUGUUCAUCGCACUCUCACUCUGCACAGGAUUCGGCCACCUUGUCGCGGUCUUCACCUGGCAUGGGAUCACCUUGGGCAUGUGUAUCGCCAUUGGCCCCUCGAUGGCUGGCAAGCUGUUCCAGAAGCGUGGGGGUUUGGCGCAGGGCAUCACCAUGUGCGGCUCUUCGCUCGCCGGCAUCAUCUACGCCGCGUCCUUCCGCUCCAUGUACGGCGACUCGUGGCGGACUGGCAACCAGAUAUUCGCCGUGGUGACUGGUUCGAUUGCCGUGCUGGCGCUCGGUGCUACCUACUUCUUCAAUCGCGUCGUGCCCGACGAGCUCAAGGUGGCCCCUGGGCAGGGAUGGAAGACCUUCAAGUCGCAGAUUGAGGGCCUCGUAUUGAUCACAAAGCUCUUCACCAAGAACACCUGGGAGCGCAAUGCGCCAUAUGCGUGGUUCGUUGGCGGCAGUUUCUUCCUGCAAUUCGGUAUCUUUGGGGCGAGCGCGUCGGUCCCAUUCAUUGCACGGGCUGUGGGUGCCACAGAAACUGACGCCCAGUACUGCCUCAUCGCCCUGAGUUCCGCGUCUUUCGUUGGACGCCUCAUGUCUGGCUUUAUUGCCGACUCUAUGGGUUCGCUGAUGCUGCUGUUCUGGACCUGCAUCGCCGAGGUCGUUGUCCUACUGGGCGUGGACAUUGCGUUGGCAGACAGGGGCGCUAUGCCGCUGUACUUUGCCUCCACGACCUGGGGCUUCUUCUCCGGAUGCUGGGUGCCCUUGUUUGCGGCUUGCAUCGGCAAACUGUCCGAUCCCAAAGACCUUGGGAAAUUCCUGGGCAUCUCCAACUUGGUCAUCAGCCCGGCAUGUCUUCUGGCGGCUCCUUUGAUGCGAUACAUACUGGAAUGCGGCACACCGCGCCUCCUUUACGGAUCCAUUGCUUCCUUCAUCAUCGUCGGAGCAGCAAUGGUCUAUCGGGCAAGGAUGUGCAAAUUCGACCAGCGCUUCGCCAGCUUGUAGCCGUGCGAGUCCAUCGGGUCCAAAAAGAAAAUAAUUCAUUCAAAGAUACUGUCAAUCGUUUACAAAUCGGCAUUUAUGACGCAUCAGGUAUGGGCACAUUGGAUGUCUGAGACACGAGAGCAUCUCGCGGGGUCGGCAUUACUAAGUACGUGCCGAGUCAAGGGAGGCGGGCCUAAAAAUUAUGCCCAACGGCAAUCACUGUCGGCACAUACAAGUACACGCACUAGCCAGCUGGGGCCUUUCUUCACAUCGACAAUGGCGUUUUGUGGCGGGCCAUUUCAUUGCAAGGCCGAUGGAUGUCUGUCGGUGGCUGGUGGUGGUUACCAUGCGCAUCCAUUAAUAAAUUACAAGACAUGUAAUAUACAGAACUAAUAAUAAUACUCGG